CAAUAUGGCGGCUGCCUUGUGAAGAGUGUCUUGUUGAGAUGGCGUCGUUUAUUCACCUAAAAAUUCUAUUUAAAAGAUAAAACUGACAAUUUUCUGCAAAUCAUUGUGAUCUCUUUUCUAUAUAGUACUCAAUAACUGCGAAAUAAUGACAGAGUACACCAGCAACGGAAGUUUUUCAACUGGUUUUUCAAGCCAAUGUUUUCCAGUUCGUAGUUUAGCCAACUACCGUAGAGUUGACGAAGGGGGUGCGUGGCUAGUUGCGUAUAGAGCUGAGCAGAGACGCCGCUUCAAAGCCGUCCUCAGUAAUGAACCAGUCCAACAAAUUGAGCCUGAUGCAAGCCUUAUGAGGAAACGACAAAGCCCUGAACUGAUUCAAGAAAAAGCAAAGAGGCUUGAUGGAUUUUAUUUGAUGAGAAAAUUCUAUGUGGAAGACCCAUCUGAUUUGUGUUCCAUAAACAUCAGUGGCAAUGACCUGUCAGAGGUUUCAGAAGAUGAUUUUCUUUUGUUCGAUAAUGUUGUCCAUGUGGAUGCUGGUGACAAUAAUUUACCAUUCAAUGCUUUCAAGAACUUCAUUUCGUUACGUGAACUUGAGAUACCACUCAAUAACAUAUCUGGAAGCAUCAGGCUAGAGCCUCAUGACUUUUUGUACCUUGAGAAGCUAGACUUAUCUUACAACAGAGUCACAUCAGAAGAUAUCUUAGACUUAGGCUUAUUACCAUGCUUGAAAACACUUCACCUCACAGGAAAUGAAAUCAAAAGGUUGCCAUUAGAGAUGGCAAGAACCUAUCGUGCAAUAACUGGGAUUACUUUGUCAGGGACUGUUGAAUCUGAAGAUAGAAAAGUUCGUUUUCAAAGACUGGAAAAUCUCUUCAUGGAUAACAAUGAACUUACUGAUACUUCAACAUUUUCCAGCCUUGCUGGUCUAAGAAGACUAAAAUACCUAAACUUGGAAAACAAUGAAGUUGCCUCUAUUCCACAUCUCCGACUUCUUGGAGCUAGAGUAAGACAGAGCGAGGGUCGUAUCUCAGUCCAAAAAGAAAGAGAGACUGCAAAAGAAAGAACCGCUGAACAAAAUGAACAGAAGAUUGAGGAUGAGAGAGAAGUGGAAGGGAGAGACACUCCUGAAGCUGAUAAAGAUGACCUGGUGCUUGAUGGAGUCGAUGAGAUGUUGAGCAAGAAGCUUCCUGGUGAUGAUAAAGAUGAAAUGACAAAUGGAAUGGGAAUAAGACACCGUUCAAGCACAUUAACCGAAGAUGCAUCCCUCUUGGGAGAAAAGUACAAUCCACCAUUGCCAUUCCCCUCACUACUCCAUCUAAACCUUGCAAACAACAUGGUGUUUGAAGAAGAAGGUCUGUUUGCUGUCGCUGGCUGGCCACGCAUUAAGGAACUAGUAAUAUGGGGUAACCCCCUAACCACGGCCUUCAAGGGUGACCCACCCCUUCUCUCUAUACGGCUUGGUAAACUGAAAGGUGUAAGGAUCUUCAGACAGAAACCAGUUAAACGAACCAAGCAUCAUGUUAAUCUAUCGAAUGUUGCUCAAUACAGAAAGGUGGACGAUACCUUACCACCAGCACCAAGGAAGCGUGAUAUCUUCAUGCUAGAGAGUCCUUCUAAACGCGAAGCCAUCUCAUACGUAGGGCCACAACCAAGACCCCUACCCCCUAUAUCAGCCCCUUCAGGGAUAAGGACACGACAUCAGAGUCGUGCUGUUACACCCAGACAGCUAUCAACAGCUCCUAAUAUGGCAGACAGACAUACUAAAAACCGCAAGACAGACAGUAGAUCUAGGAGUGUCCCCCCUGAAUCCAAACAGACGAGUCUCGAUAGAGAAAGUAUGGGAAAUCAGAGUGAGGAAGUUAAGACUACCGGAGAGGCUACUUCUAGUGUUGAUACUACGAAUACGAGGAAACAUGAAGCAGCAGGAAAGAAGACGCAGACAGAUGAAGGAUUCUUUAUGACUCAGAUCGACGAACCAGAAUUCUUAGAAACUCCCGCCAACAAAGAAACCCCACGGCCAAGAAAGAAAAAAUCCAGGAAAGCCAAGCACCAGCAUCCUGAUCGUCCGUUCAGUGUAGAAGCAAAAUACAAGGGGUAUGAAGACCUGCUCGAUGUCGACGAGAACGACCCGGAUAUAAUAAUACCCAAAAAGAUACAAGAGAGUGUGCGGUCACUGCAGUACACGCUACAACAUCCGUUAGUGUUUACAGAACCACAAGGGAAUUAUAAGGAAAAACCUAAGAAAAAGGUUGAACCAAAACCUAAGGAGUCUCGGCAAAGCAAAGUGGAGGAGAUGAGUAAACUACUGGAUAAAAUGAGAAUGGGAAACAAAAUUAUAGAGUCAAAUUUAGCAAACGUUAUCGAAGAUUACCAUAAAGAUCCUAAGCUACGCAAGCAGUUCCCCAAAGCCAAGGAACUACUAGAUGAGGUUCAAGCCAAAUACAACGAAGUUCGUAUGAAAUCACUCCGACCGUCUUCCGAGGCUCGUCGGAUUUUUCAACCCGAGCUUGUCCGAGAACCUUCCGAAGUUGAAUCACUUGGUUCUUCAUUCUUAGAGGAAGAGAGACAAGUCCUCAAUGAACUUGCGAAAUUUAAACAAAGAUUAGAUGGAAGAAUUUGAUGUAUUCUAGAAAAACAUUUGAUGUUGUAUAUAGUGGUGGAAUUAUAAUUAUGCGCUGGACGUCAGUACCAGUGUCAAAAAAUGUAUAAUAGAGUAAUAAAAUCAUGUUGUACUUCACUC